UUCAUUCGUCUGCUUCUGGUUCGAAUUCGGGUUUCCACUUUCCCAACGUUUCUUCUCGCUUUCUCUACCAUUUCAAAUUUUGUCCUAGAUCUCCUUAACUAAUUUAACCUUCCUCACUCGUUACUCCUCAGCACUUCUACCUGUCCGAAUUUCAAUCCUUCCGAAAACCCUAAUCCAUACUUUCUACCAAAAACCCUAGCUUCUAUGGCGUCCAAGAAGAAGCACUCCGAAGGCAUCGCUUUGUUGUCCAUGUACAACGAUGAGGGAGAUGACGAAAUGGAGGACGCCGAAAACGAAGAAGGUGAUGCAGGAAUGCGCCGGGAGGAGCAACUCGAAGAUGCCGCCGGAGAUGCCAGAUUCGCCGCGGAGGAAGAUUUAGCUUCCGACGCCGGUAGAAUGGUGGUCGCUGAUUCCAGUAACGAGGCUGCGGAUGAGGGAUCCACGCAGGCGGAGAAAAGUAGGUUUGGGGCUUCGACGCCGCAGGCGAACAUGUUAGUUUCGCCGCCGCAAGAGCAACGGGUGGUGUCGUUGGAUUCGAGGAUAGUUAGGAAAGGGGCGCUUACGAUAGUAGAUUAUGGCCAUGAUGAAGUAGCAAUGUCACCUGAGCCUGAGGAGGGAGAGAUAGAUGGUAGUGGUCGAGUCAUGUUUGGGGAGCAGCUUCAUGUCACCAAUGGUGAUUUGCUAGAUAGAACACCAUCUGGAACAGUCCAAGUUUUGACACCUGGCAAUCAAGCUAGCACUCCUCAGUUUUCUGAGCCAUUGAAAUCUGAUACCAUGAGCAAUGAUGAUAUGAUCAGAUCAGACAAUGCAGAGCAUGGAGAUGCAGAUCAAGAUGAGCAAAAAUAUGUUGAUCCAUUGGAUAAAUUUCUCCCUCCACCACCAAAAGCUAAAUGCUCGGAGGAGCUACAGAGAAAAAUAAAUAAAUUCCUAGAGUACAAGAAGGCUGGUAAAAGUUUCAAUGCAGAAGUUCGUAACAGGAAAGACUAUCGAAAUCCUGACUUCUUACUCCAUGCAGUGAGGUAUCAGGAUAUUGAUCAAAUAGGGUCUUGCUUCAGUAAAGAUGUAUUUGAUCCUCAUGGAUAUGAUACAAGCGACUUCUAUGAUGAAAUAGAAGCUGAUAUGAGGCGCGAAAGUGAGAGGAAAGAGCAAGAGAAGAAGAAAGCACAGAAGGUUGAAUUUAUUUCUGGGGGUGCACAACCAGGAAUUGUUGCUGGUGCUCCUAGGAUUAGCAUGCCUGUUGCAGGUGCUUCUGCUGUGGCAGCAAGUGGUUUACCUUUGGUGCCUCCUACAGCUGAUUCUAUUAAUCGGGAUGGUAGACAGAAUAAAAAAUCAAAAUGGGAUAAGGUGGAUGGUGAUCGAAAAAAUCCUCUGCCCUCUGUGGGGCAGGAUUCUGUAUCUACUGUUGGGGCUCAUGCAACAAUUUUGUCUGCUGCUAAUGCUGGUGGUGGAUACAUGCUAUUUGCGCAGCAAAAACGGAGAGAGGCAGAGGAAAAAAGAUCUAGUGAAAGGAGGUUGGAGAGAAGAUCGUAAGCCAUUCGUUGUGGUCUGUACUCUGUAGUAAUGAAAACCACUUACCACCGGUGGUUGAGAUUUUUCUGCAUAAACAUUUUUGUCUGUUAAUUAACUUUGGCAACGAUCAUAGACACUGUAUAUUCUCAAAAAUGAAAAGAAAUUACCUGCUCCAACUGUGCUUUCUAUCCCUAUGUGACAGCCGGAACAAUUCUUUCAAAUUCCACUGCAACACUUGUCCCGUGAUCUCGUUGGUUGAUUGGGUUCGUUUUGUUAAUGUCUUAAAAUUUUAUUUGUUCAGUGCUUCCAUUUUUUAUUAGUUUAUUAACUUCAUUAUUGUCAUCAUUUCAAGUAGUAGCCUAUAUUAGCCGUAUGGAUCCUUGCGUGAAGAUUUUCAGUUUUAGGCGCAUAUCCAUUACCCGAGGAAGGUUUCUACCCACACGUACUUCCACUAUUGAGUAUGCUUCUUUCCGGAAAAGUGAGGGUUCUUAUAAAGACUAUCUAAAGGGUUUUUCUGU